AUGGGCAAGCAGGGUGACUGGCUGUUUUCCUUUCGGCCGGUGUUAGCUCUCCUUCCCGAGAUGUCAAAGCCUUCACGUUUGCCAAACAUCAAAGAACGCAUUCUAUGGACAGCAAUUGUGCUUUUUAUUUUUCUAAUUUGUUGUCAGGUGCCGGUGUACGGCGCGCUAACGGGAAGCUCCUCGGAUCCGUUUUACUGGAUGCGGGUGGUGCUGGCGAGCAAUAAAGGAACUUUGAUGGAGCUCGGCAUCUCUCCUAUCGUAAGUGCUUCGCUGAUUCUCGAACUACUCGUCGGGAUGGGGGUGAUCAACUACAAUAACAACGAUCGUAAGCAGGCAGCUGCUUUUCAGGGACUGCAGAAGCUCUGCGCGAUUAUUUUCACAAUUAUUGAGGCGGUAGCGUACGUUUCCACAGGGAUGUACGGCGAUCCGCGCGUGAUCGGACUUUUUAUGUGUAGUGUGAUUGUCAUGCAACUCACGAUUUCAACAUUGAUUUGUAUUCUAUUGGAUGAGCUCAUGCAGAAAGGCUGGGGUAUCGGCUCUGGUUCCUCUCUUUUCAUCGCCACAAACGUCUGCGAUACGAUCGUCUGGAAAAGCUUCUCACCCUCAACUAUUAAUACCGGACACGGGGAAGAGUUCGAAGGAGCCAUUAUUGCCUUUUUUCACCUGUUGGUCUCCCGCACCGAUAAGGUGCGUGCGCUGCGCGAGGCUUUAUACCGCCCGCAGCUGCCAAACCUCACGAACAUUCUAGCGACUGCCGUGGUUUUCGUCGUUGUCGUCUUCUUCCAGGGAUUCCGCAUCCCACUCAUGACAAAAAGCAAGUACAACGGCAUGGACAACCAGCCCUACCUCAUCAAGCUCUUCUACACAAGUAACAUGCCGAUCAUCUUGCAAACCAGCGUCGUGUCGAACCUGAACUUCUUAUCGCAGAUUCUCUCCCGGCACUUUGGUAACCGCAACGUGCUGGUGAACCUGCUUGGGCGUUGGGAGCCGCGGGGGUACCACAGCGGGGGCAGCGGGCAGCUCUUCCCGGUGGGCGGCCUCGCGUACUACCUUACCCCCCCCUCAAGCUUCUUCGACCUGAUGCUCGACCCGAUGCACCUGAUUUUCUAUGUGGUCUUUGUGCUUGGGACCUGUGCGAUCUUCUCUCGAUUGUGGAUUAACAUCUCUCACACUGCGCCACGGGACGUGGCCAAACAGCUCGCGGCCCAGGGCCGUUGGCUCGUCCAAACCCGCGAGAGCGAAGAGGACAUGGCACGGCUGCUGGAGAAAUACAUCCCCGUCGCCGCGGGCUUUGGGGGGCUUUGUGUCGGUGUCCUUACCCUUGUCGCGGACUUCCUCGGGGCGAUCGGCAGUGGGACAGGGGUUUUGCUCUCUGUGACAAUGAUCACCCAGUACUUCGAGACCCUUCAGCGGGAGGGGCAGGACUUGGGGCUGGGGAUGGUGAGGCAAAAGAUCUCGUGA